GCUCUCUUCACCCACUUGCCUUACUAUUUCGAAAGACGCUCUAGGCUAGCACCAAUAUCUCUGGGAAUAAGCCUUGGUAUCUUAUUGUACGAUUGGCUGAACAGCUAUGGCAGCGAAAGAGUUCAAACAAUUAACGCUCGAGGAUGUAUCGGUGCACAACAAAGACGGUGAUCUGUGGGUCGUCGUAGAUGCGAAGGUUUAUGAUCUCUCGCGGUUCAAGGACUUACACCCAGGAGGAGCCGCCGUCCUUCUCGAUGAGGAAAUUGCCGGUCAAGACGCCACAGAAGCCUUUUACGGUCUUCAUCGGCAUGAGGUCCUCGAACGCCCGCAAUACGCCCGUCUUCAGAUCGGUGUCAUCAAAGGCGAACAGAGCGUUAUCGCAAGUCGUGUACCAGGUGAAUUGUCAGGCGUACCUUACGCAGAGCCCACAUGGCUUGCUCAAGGAUAUCACAGUCCGUACUUCAAAGAGAGCCAUAAGAAGUUACAGGUGGCUAUGCGUCAAUUAGUCGACGAUGUUAUCUACCCAGAUGCUCAGGCCCGUGAAGAAGACGGCAAACGACCAAGUCUGGAGGUGAUCAAGAAGAUGGCUGACCUCAACGUUCAUGCUAUGCGGAUGGGCCCCGGAAAGCAUCUGAAGGGACUUACCUUGAUGGGUGGUAUUGUCACUCCUGAGGAGUUUGACUAUUUCCACGAGUUAGUCGUCACUCAAGAAUUCUCUCGUAUCGGCGCUCGUGGCUACGGCGAUGGUCUGCAGGCCGGCGCUGUCAUUGGUCUUCCACCGGUCCUCAAUUUCGGUUCACCCGAGAUGAAAGCCAAGGUUGUUCCCGAAGUCCUCUCUGGAAAGAAAUUCAUUUGUCUAGCCAUCUCGGAGGCGUUUGCCGGGAGCGACGUUAUGGGCUUGCAGACCACCGCGAAGAAGAGCGAAGAUGGGAGGAAGUGGAUCAUCAAUGGGACGAAAAAGUGGAUCACGAACGGGACGUUUGCAGACUACUUUACCGUGGGUUGUAAAACAGAGGAUGGCUUCACCGUCAUCCUGGUCGAGCGCUCCGACGAGGUCUCCACCAAGGCUAUCAAGACUUCCUAUUCCUCUGCUGCCGGCACAGCGUACAUCACUUUCGACAACGCAAUUGCCCCUGUCUCCAACACACUCGGCCCAGAAGGCGGAGGCAUCUUCGUCAUGCUCUCCAACUUCAACCACGAACGAUGGGUGAUGUGCUGUUCGUCUGCCCGUUCACAACGUGCAAUCGUUGAGGAGUGCUUGAAAUGGGUGAACCAGAGGAAGGCGUUCGGGAAGCCGCUUAGCAGUCAGGCGGUGAUCAGGAGCAAGUUGGCGGCGAUGAUAAGUAGGGUGGAGAGCGCGCAGAAUUGGCUGGAGAAUGUGACGUGGCAGAUGUGUAAUAUGUCGUAUAAGGAGCAGUCACAGAAGCUCGCAGGACAAAUUGGACUCCUGAAGAUGUACUGUACGUCGUCCGCUCAAGAGACCGCGAAGGAUGCCGUGCAGAUAUUCGGUGGACGAGGCAUCACGCGGACAGGCAUGGGCCGUUUCGUCGAGCACUACCACCGUACCAUCGCGUUUGAUGCGCUGCUCGGUGGCGCAGAGGACGUACUGGGAGAUUUGGGUGUUAGGCAGGCGAUGAGUCGCAUGCCAAAGAACGCAAGACUCUGAUCCACAGGACUUGUCUUCUUCUUUGCAAGUUUGGACAUACAUGCCCUAUUCACGGCGUGUGGCAUCAACUGUGUGGCGCCGUUGUUAUACCAGAUACUUUCAAUCGUUCUUGGAUUUCUUGCGGCAUUGUUAGACUGGCGUUGUCAUGUACUUGUACUCAUUUUACUUUUCUACGCAUAUUUAUUGUACAUCAUUUGGCUGGUAUGGAUCGAAUCA